CUUCGCAGAAGCUCCGAUCCCCACAAUUUUGAGAUUCGAGAGCUUCACAAGUUGAUACGACACGAUGGCCAGUUUCAUGUGGAGACGAGGUGUGCAGUCGGGCAAGCGUCACACGCCUGACUCACACGGUCCUGACACCAGUACUAGCACGAUGAGUAGAAAUGUCGGCACUGACGCUACUCUUCGUAAGAAAUCACUGAAAGAUGUUGUUCGACAUUUUACUCCAGCAUGGUUUGCUGUCACUAUGGGGACUGGCUCAAUCGCCAUACUUUUCCACAAUUUUCCUUAUGCCAGUGGUUCGCCUGUAAUGCGAGGAUUUACACUUGCCUUCUUCUUCUUCAAUCUCGUGCUCUUUCUGCUCUUCAGCAUCAUCACUGCGGCUCGAUACAUCUUCUUUCCUGGCAUCUGGUUUAAUAUGAUACGGCAUCCCGUACAGAGCUUGUACAUUGGCACGUUUCCGAUGGGCGCAACAACGUUAAUCAACAUCGCCAGUACCGAUAUAUUCCAAACAUAUGGUUUCGGAGGAAAGCCGUUUCUUUAUACGGUGUGGGCAUGUUGGUGGAUCAAUGUCGCAAUUUCAUUGGCAUGCUGCUUUGGGAUGAUACACAUUAUGAUCUCUCUCCAACAACAUUCUCUCAAGUCUAUGACAACUAUUUGGCUUCUUCCUGUUGUGACACUUGUCGUCGCAUCUUCUUCUGGAGGCGUGCUCGUGCCGGCGCUUCAGGUCUAUUCCCCCUCGUAUGCGUUGCUCACAGCGACGUUCUCCAUGUGCAUGGUUGUAAUAGGUCUUAGCCUUUCCCUGAUGCUACUCACCAUAUAUGUCCUUCGGCUGGUCGUAUAUGGUUACCCCACGGGUGCAUCGAUCCUGUCCGUCUUUCUUCCCGUUGGUCCUUGUGGACAGGCAGCAUACUCGUUCUUAAGGCUGGGGUCCGCUUUCCGCUCGCUGUUACCUCUGAGUUAUGGCGAUCCAGGCGGAGUGUUGCGGCAGCCUGGAACAGGUGCAACAGUGGAGGUGAUAUGCGUGGUUGGCGCUCUGGUGCUAUGGUCGCUGGCGAGCAUGUGGAUAGUCUUUGCUAUGCUCGGUCUCGGUUACACCCUUCGACGGGAACGCAUUGACUUCCGACUGUCAUUCUGGGGGACUGUCUUUCCUAACGGGGUCUACGCAAAUCUCAACUUCACCUUGGCAACAACAUUUUCCUCGGCGUUCUUUCGCAUAUGGGGUUCGAUAUAUGCGGUUGGUACGUUGGUGUUGUGGGUGUGUAUUGCCUUGCCUACAAUACGGAUGAUCCCAAGCGGUCGUAUAUUCGACGCGCCGUGUCUGGAAGAGGUCAUGAUAGGGGAAACGGUGAGGGAAGCAGGGAAAAGCGGAGAUGAUUUAACAAACUGAACGUCAUGUCGGAGAGAUGUAGAUAUGUUCAAGACUCACUCGGUUCAUUUUCGGAGGUGAAGCAUCUAGCAGGUCUACCUGCCUUGUAGUAACGAAAUAUAGACUUGGCUUGUACUUCAGUACUGCCAGAAGGCUACAAAUGCGCCUUCGAUAUUAUUAAAGUUCGUCGAUCUCUGAUGUGUUCCGAGUCUUAUGAAUAGAUCGCUUUUUCAAUGAUUC